UUGGGUCUAGAACCAAACAGGUCCUAGCUUCUGCUUCUCCCUCACUGCUCGGCUCCACUGCACCGGCCGCCUCGAAAUGGAUCCCGCGCCGGCGACCCCGCGCUGGAACCUGGAGCGUCCGUACCUCACCGGCCGCUUCCACCAGGAGGCGAAGGUAGCUGCGGCGGCGCAGGCGGCUGGAUCCAAGCCGUUCUCCCUCGACGCCUUCAGCCGCGGCGCCGGCGCCGGCACCGGGAGCGUCAUCGGAUCGUACGCCGUUUCGGUGCAGGAGCUUUUGGUCAUUGAUGAUUUGCUAUCAGCUCUGGUGGGUAUUGAGGGACGGUAUAUUUCUAUUAAGAGAGUACGGGGAAAAGAGGGCUAUGUUGUCUUCCAGAUCGAUUCUUCUAUGGACCUUGCACUCCAGGAGUUAACUCGCCAAAUCUUCCCCUUAUGCGAGGAUUUUGUGUUGGUAAGCCACUUUGUGGAGUCCAGGUCACAUUUCAAGAAUGGUCUGGUCAACCAUGCUUUGGCUGCAGCUCUGAGGGCAUUCCUACUGGAUUAUGAGGCGAUGGUUGCUCAACUGGAGCACCAAUUCCGUCUUGGAAGGCUUUCUGUUCAAGGAUUAUGGUUCUUUUGUCAGAGGAUGAUGAGUUCAUUGAAUGCACUGGCAGUUCUAGUCGAGAAGGCUACCUCCAAUAAUACCAGUGGUUCUGCGACACUUAAUCUACUUCAAAGCCAGGCAAAGGCAAUGGGUGGUGAUAGUGCUGUUCGGUCCUUACUGGAGAAGAUGACAGAAUAUGCAAGUGCAGCAUACCUCAGGAUGCUAGAAAGGUGGGUGUAUGAGGGUGUUAUAGAUGACCCUUAUGGUGAAUUCUUCAUUGCUGAAAACAAAUCUCUGCAAAAGGAGAGUCUCACUCAAGAUUAUGAUGCCAAAUAUUGGCAGCAGCGAUACAGCCUAAAAGACGGCAUUCCUAGUUUCCUUACUAAUGUUGCUGCCACGAUUCUGACAACUGGAAAAUAUCUUAAUGUUAUGAGAGAAUGUGGGCACAAUGUUCAGGUUUCCUUAUCAGAAAAUUCUAAGCUUAUGAGCUUUGGUUCAAACCACCAAUAUCUUGAAUGCAUUAAAUCUGCCUAUGAUUUUGCAAGCAGUGAAUUAUUGACUCUGAUGAAAGAUAAGUAUGAUCUCAUCGGGAAACUGCGGUCCCUGAAGCGCUAUCUACUCCUUGACCAAGGUGACUUUUUAGUUCAUUUCAUGGAUAUUGCUCGAGAGGAGCUUAUGAAGAAACCGGAAGAAAUAUCUGCUGAAAAACUUCAGUCUCUGCUUGACAUUGCUUUGCGAAGUACAGCAGCUGCUUCAGAUCCAAGUCAUGAAGAAUUGACAUGUUGCGUGGAAAGAAGUUCCCUCCUGAAGAAGCUGACCACUCUGAAAGACUUGGAUUGUGGUUACCCCUCAGACAAGCUUGCUGCAGCAAUUGUUGACCAGUCAAUGCAAUUAAGCAUCACUGGCUUGGAAACAUUCUGCCUUGGCUACAAGGUUCAGUGGCCACUAUCUCUAGUAAUUUCAAGGAAGGCUUUGACUAAAUACCAAUUGAUCUUUCGCCUAUUGUUUCAUUGCAAGCAUGUUAGUCGCCAACUAUGUCAAGCAUGGCAAAUUCAACAAGUAUUCUGUUCUGUCAAGAUUCUUGGAACACCAAUUCUACGGUCAUCAAUUCUUUGUGGAAGCAUGCUCAAGUUUGUAAAUAGCCUUCUGCAUUAUCUAACGUUUGAGGUUCUUGAGCCAAAUUGGCAUUUGAUGCACGAUCGCCUUCAAACUGCAAGGAGCAUAGAUGAGGUCAUCCAGAUCCACGAUUUCUUCCUCCAGAAGUGUCUAAAAGAAUGCUUGCUGUUGUUGCCUGAACUCCUUAUGAAAGUUGAGAACCUGAAAGCUUUAUGCCUCCAGUAUGCCACUUCCAUCCAACUCCUCAUGCCAUCGAUCGAAGUUGCUAAUCCUGAGAGUACAUCAAAAUCUGGAAAGUCAAGGUCAAGAAUAAAUAAAUCACAAGACAAAGACCAGCAACUGAAACUAGCAUCAGAGAAUGUUGUGAUGUCAGAGUCAAUCUUGAAAUUCGAAGCAACAUUCAAUUCGGAGCUCCAAAGCCUUGUGCCUACACUGAGCAACAGUUCACAGGCGGAACCAUACCUGACUCAUCUUGUGCAGUGCAUUCUUGGUGUGCGAAUCGAUCAAUAGUUUGGUUGGCAAAGUUCGGAUGUGUGUCUCAGCUGCGUGACAUUGGCUAUCCAGGUCGGAUCAAGGUCGGUUGUAUGUUCUUGUGAAUGAAUUAUCUGAAAUACAGGGUGCUUCUUUGUGAUAGAUUAUAGAUAGGUCAGUAGCGUUUAGUGUGCAUUAGGUGGUGUCUUGUUGAUGUAGGCAUAGCGCUAUAGCAGCCGCUUGAUUAUUUUGAGGUGUGUUUGAUAACUUGUGUGAUUCAGCAUUUCCAUGCCGUGACAAUUACCAGGUGUUACCCGGCUACCAUUUGUUUUAUGAGAGCCAGGUAUGUUAAAUCAGCGUGUAAGCUUCAAUUGAGAUUUUGCUAAACAACCGUUUGGUUCA